GCCAGGCAGGUGGCUGCAGUGGCCCAGCCCCAGCAUGAGCUCCUUCGACCUGCCGGUGCCCUCCCCACCUCGCUGCAGCCCCCAGUUCCCCAGCAUCGGCCAGGAGCCCCCAGAGAUGAACCUUUAUUAUGAGAACUUCUUCCACCCACAGGGUGUGCCCAGCCCCCAGCGGCCCCCCUCCUUGGAGGCGGGCGGCGAGUACGGGGCCACCCCCAACCCCUACCUCUGGCUCAACGGGCCCACCAUGACCCCGACGCCCUAUCUGCCCGGCGCCAACGCCAGCCCCUUCCUAUCACAGGCCUACGGGGUGCAGAGGCCACUGCUGCCCAGCGUGUCGGGGCUGGGGGGCAGCGAGCUUGGCUGGCUGCCCCUCCCCUCACAGGAGGAGCUGAUGAAGCUGGUGCGGCCCCCCUAUUCCUACUCGGCCCUCAUCGCCAUGGCCAUCCACGGGGCGCCCGACAAGCGCCUCACCCUCAGCCAGAUCUACCAGUAUGUGGCCGACAAUUUCCCCUUCUACAACAAGAGCAAGGCAGGUUGGCAGAACUCCAUUCGCCACAACCUGUCGCUCAACGACUGCUUCAAGAAGGUGCCCCGGGAUGAGGAUGACCCAGGCAAAGGGAAUUACUGGACACUGGACCCCAACUGUGAGAAGAUGUUCGACAACGGAAAUUUCCGCAGGAAGAGGAAGAGAAAAUCGGAUGUUUCCUCCAGCACGGGCUCCUUGGCCUCAGAGAAGCCGGAGAAUGUUCUCCUGGUGGGCAGCCCCAAGAGCACGGAGCCUCAGGAUGUGCUGGACAGCGCCUCACCGGGCACCACCAGCCCCUCCGAGAAGCGGUCCCCCCCUCCACCUACGGGCACCCCGUGCCUCAGCAGCUUCCUCUCCACCAUGACAGCCUUCACUGGUGGGGCAAGCUCUGCGGGCCGGCCUGUGGCCACGCCGGGACUGAACCCUGAGCCCACCGACAAGAUGGGACAGAACUCACUGAGCUUCAACUCCUUCACCCCCCUCACCAACCUCAGCAGCCAUGGGGGAGGGGGCGAGUGGGCCAACCCCAUGCCUGCCAACGCUCUCAGCUAUGGAGGCUCUGUCCUCAACCAGUUCAGCCCUCACUUCUACAACAGCAUCAACACCAACAGCGUCCUCUACCCCAGGGAGGGCACUGAGCUCUAGCUACACAACAGCUCCAGACGGAUGUGUCCGAGAGAAAAGCUGUGGACAUCCUCCGUGCCAGCCCCCUGGGGUCCAAGACUCCCAAACUGCUCACACACAACACAGGAGCCUCAGAGGAAUCUAUCCUCUCUAGAACAUUGUUUUAGCCUUCUGUUUAUCACACAGACUCACCAACUUUGGGAAUACUGGUGUCUGGACAGCUGCAGAAAUCGUGGCCAGCUGCUGAGCACUCACUGUGUGCCAGGUGCUGUACUGGGCUCUUCACAGGCAUGGGCACACUAUUUACAGCCACCCUGUGAGACUCACAUGAACCUCCCCAUUCAGUAGAUAAGGAAAUUGAGCCUCAAGGAAGUUAAGUAACUUUUCAGAGUCAUACAAACUACUAAAUGGCAGAGAUAGGAGUCAAACCCAGGUAUGUGCUACCCCCAGUGAUUGGGCAAAAGAAGGCAGACAGGGAUGGAGGAAUUUGUUGAGCAGCUAAGGAAGGUCAGCAUGAAAAGCUCAAAUGACAAAUACAUCACAAUCUCCCCCAAGUGCAGCACCAGCCUGGGCACCUCUUGUCCUGGUCCAAGUCCUUAUUCUGCCUGCCCCAACUCACCUGCAGAUGCUCCUUUAGCUCCCACUCCAAGAGGGAAGCCAGCAGAGGGCUUAAUUCCAACAAGGCAUCUGGCAUACACACUGUGUCCCCAUAGAGGGACACUAUUACUUCCUCAGCCUCUGGGAGACCUUGAGCAGAGCCAGGGGUCAGUGAGAGGGGUGGUGUGUAUCCCUAAACUCCCCACCCCUACACUGCCUAUCUGUAAAAUCACAUAAAGCCCAGUUUCCUGUGUACAUGUUAUGGACCAGUGAGCUGGAGGUGGCUGAGCCUUCCAAGAGAAACAAGGCUGGAUAAGUGCUCCUUUUUUUAUAGCCUGGGAGGGGUACGUGUUUGUCUGUAAAAACAAUGGCCUCCAGGGAGGGCCCUUGGCCAGGGCCAGCCCAGCCUUGUAGGGGGUCUCUGCAUCCAGCUCCCAGGACUUCUUUUCCUUCUUGUUUUUGUAUGUACUUUAUAUGCCUGUGAAAUUUCAUCACAGCACACCCUGAGAUGUUUUUCUUAUUUUCUUUUUAAUUAAAAAACAAAAAAACACUUUGCACAGAAGUGCGUGGCCCUUCCUUGUGAGUUUUCCUGCCUCUCAGCUGCAUGAUGGAGUCAACAUGGGUCCAAGGGCAGCCUGGAGCUGAAGGCCUCUGGGAUAGGAGCGGAGAGAGCACGGAGACCAGACAAAAGCCCCUAAGAAAGGGAGGGGAGGCUAUGGAGGUGAGGUAGAUACGUGAACCCAUGUGUAUUGAACACAGAGUUGAA